CGGUACGUAACGGGCGGGAAAGAAUAUGAUUUAAAAUCCCACCGAUUACACACUACAAUUUCAUCAUCAUCUUCAGUAUUCAUUCAGAUUCAGAUACAUCUUCACCUACAACUUCUUUGAUUCCUCCUGUUAUUUGUAUGAUAAAGCAAGUAGAGAUCGAGCUUCUCGUAUUUGCUUGGAUUCGGCCUUUCAUCACCGACGUUUGUAAUAACUGGUAGCAGCAGUAGAAUCCAAAGAUUUAGAGAUGGGGGUGGAGAAUUAUCAUGUAAUAGAGCUUGUAGGGGAAGGAUCUUUUGGUAAAGUAUACAAGGGAAGACGAAAGUUUACUGGCCAGUUUGUUGCAAUGAAAUUCAUACUGAAGCAUGGUAAAAGCAAAAACGACAUUCAAAAUUUAAGACAAGAAAUUGAGAUCUUGAGAAAACUGAAACAUGAAAAUAUUAUUCAGAUGCUAGAUUCGUUUGAGAGUCCACAAGAGUUCUGUGUUGUUACUGAAUUUGCUCAAGGUGAAUUGUUUGAAAUUCUUGAAGAUGACCAAUGCCUUCCUGAAGAUGAAGUGCAGAAAAUCGCAAAGCAGUUGGUGAGUGCAUUGCACUAUUUGCAUUCCAACCGUAUAAUUCAUCGUGACAUGAAGCCACAGAAUAUCUUGAUUUGUGCAGGGGGUGUCGUUAAGCUAUGUGAUUUUGGUUUUGCACGUGCUAUGUCAAAUAAUACAGUUGUUUUACGGACUCAUAAAGGCACUCCAUUGUACAUGGCCCCAGAACUUGUACGAGAGAAACCCUACGACCAUACCGUUGAUCUGUGGGCUCUUGGGGUUAUUCUGUAUGAAUUAUAUGUUGGCCAGCCUCCUUUUUUAGCUAAAACAAUCUUUACACUUAUGAAACAUAUCACCAACGAUCCGGUGAUGUGCCCAGAAACAAUGAGUGCAAAUUUCAGAAGCUUCCUUACGGGAUUGCUUAACAAGGAUCCUCAUAGCAGGCUGACAUGGCCCGAGCUUCUUCAUCAUCCAUUUGUUGCGGAGCCUCUCGAAGAUGUUGAGGCUAGGGAUAAACUGGAAAAUAACUCUCGCACUGUUAUGGGUGCCAAGUAUAUUGGUCAAGAUAACGAAGCACUAUCAGUUAUCUUGCUCCCUCUCAAAAGUCGGCAAUGCAGGGAUCAAGACGUAGCAACCCAGUCCCUGAAAAUUCUUUUAAACUUAGUGGCUGCGGGUGCCAUAAAUUCUACCGGGGUUCUUGAUGAAAUUUGUUGGGAAGUUAUAAACUUUACUGUUAAUUUUCUUCGCCUAAAAAGGUCAGAUUAUAGUGAUAUGCUGAUAAAGUGUUUCUCAGUUAUAAAAAAGUUAUUUGAUAGCUCUGGAGGUGGGUUUGGAGAUUCAUACAUCAGGCACUGGGUUGCUAUGGUGGAGCUUUAUAAAGAGGUUUCUGGUUCUACACAAAAUGCAUCCAACAUGGCAGGUUACCAGUCAAUGCUUGUAGAACUCUUUGGCAACGGUCUGUUAAAUCCAAAUAACAUGAAACGGUUACUUGGUAAUUCUUCUUCUAAAGAAGUCAAAGUGAAUGUUCUAAUGAUAGUUUCAGAGGUAGCUUGUCUGAACAAGGAUUUUUACAAGUACAUACAUGGAUCAAAUAUUUUGGAACUCUUGAAAGGCUUUCUUACUCAUGAAGAUCCUGAUAUACGUACCAAUGCUUGCAGGGCUCUAGGAAGCAUGUGCCGGCAUAACUCCUACUUCUAUGACUUAUAUGCAAAGUAUAAUAUCGUCAGUCUCUUGGUUGAUCGCUGCUAUGACGGGGACAAACACACCCGCAAGUUUGCUUGUUUUGCAAUUAGUAACGCAGCUUUUCAUAACGACUUCUUAUAUGAAGAGUUGAGUCGAUGUAUCCCUCGAAUUGCAAAUUUGCUGCUUUCAGAAGAAGACUACAAAACAAAGGGGAAUGCAUGUGGCAUUUUUAGCAAUCUGGUGCGUCACUCCAACAAGUUUUGUAACGAUUUGGUCUCUAAAGGAGCAAUGCAGGCUAUGUUGAAGGUAGUUGAAGAUUGGUUUAUUGUUGAUCCAAAUCAUGCUAUUAGUGAGUCACCUCUUGAAGUGGCUCUUUAUGCAUUGGCUAAAGUGUGCAGACAUGCGCCUUGUCGACAGUUUCUGCGUGCGUCUGAUCAGUACCCAAUAUUUGAAAAACUUAGACAGUCAUCCAAAGAAAAGAUUGCUGAAUACGCUUCUUUUAUUCUCAACGAAAGCUCUCAACCAUGAAGUCUGCAGACAACCUUUGUUUGGCAAAAUGGACCGCGUUUAUAAUUUGGAAUCCAUCUAGUCAAUUGUAAAAAAAAUGUUAAUGAUAUGGAUGGAUGUCUAUCAUUGGUUUUGGUUUGUUUUGUUUUACGUGACAUUGUUUACCAAUCCUGUUUAGAUUUACUA